GCGCGGCUGCGGGCAGGUUUGGGCGUGUCCCGCUGGGGGCGGAGCCGGGCCUCCUAAAUUCCGCGGCUCAGAGGGGGCGGCGGGGGCCAUGCGGGCGAGGGGCUCCCGGAUGGCCCUGUGCGGCCUGACGCUGCUGUGCGCGCUCGGCCUGGGCCACCGCGCCGCCGGGGGUCCCAGCUGCGGGCCCGGCCGCCAUCUGCGUGGGACGGGGACCGACGCGCGCUGCUGCCGCUCCUGCGCCCCGGGCGAGGUCUGUCCUGAGCAGAACUGCACGUGUGUCCAGCCUGAGUUCCACUGUGCCGACCCGCUGUGCACAAGCUGCCAGCACCACCCAUGCCCGCCGGGCCAGGAGGCACAGCCCCACGGGAGUUUUCGUUUUGGCUUCACAUGUGUGGACUGUGCUGCAGGGACCUUCUCUGGGGGUCGCGAGGGCCGCUGCAAACCGUGGGCAGACUGCUCCCAGUUUGGGUUUCCCACCACAUUCCCCGGGAACAAGACGCACAAUGCCGUGUGCAGCCCGUGGCCGCUGCCCACUGAACCACACGACCUGCUGACUGUCGUCCUCCUUGUGGUGGCCACUUGCAUCCUGAUCCUGACUGUGGCCCAGGUUGGCCUGCACGUCUGGCAGCUGAAGAGGCAGCGAGGAUGCCCCACAGAGACCCAGCUGCUCCUGGAGGCACCACCACCAGCUGAGGAUGCCUGCAGCUGCCAGUUCCCUGAGGAGGAGCGGGGGGAGCAGCUGUCAGAGGACAAGGGCCAACUGGGGGACCUGUGGGUGUGAGGCCUGGCCAUCCUCCGUCAGUGGACCCCGAGCCAGACCCUCCCAGGAGCCCUCCCAGGGCUGGCCCUCAGGAGCAAGGACUCUGUGCCCUGCUUCAGGCCCGGCCCUGCUCCCCACGAUGGUGGAAGUGGGUGGGGUGGUGACUAGGACUAGUCCCCCGGACCAUGCAGAAGAGGCAGCAGCAGUGACCGGACACCAUGGGCGACACAGACAUAUCCGUGGCUGCCUUUGUCCCUUGGCAGCCCUGCUGGGGUGGGGUCUGUGGGCCCCUGUUCUCAGGAUGGGAGGCCGUGCCCAGCACAGGAGCUGGCUGCAGGCGGCACUCAAUAAACACUGUUAAGUGAUCUGA